AUGUCCAUCACGAGGAAGGCAUGCAAAGGCAACCAGUCUUUGUUCUUGCUCAUUAGCAACCUGCCGGAAGAGUCCAUUCAAAUCCCACCGUGGACAUACGUGUACCUGUUCUUGGACGGUUUCAUGACCUGCUACUUGACGAUGGUCUCUUUGAUUGCCAUGGUGUUCAUCUUCAGCUUCGCCGGCAGUCCCAAGGACAUUUGCUUCGAUGCUCUGGGCCUACUCUUCAUUCUCCGACUGCACGAGGUGGAAGGCGAUCUGGAUUUCAUCUCCACGCAGGAUUUCGACUCUGACCGGAUUGCAGAGCUUUGCCACUACGUUCUCUCCUGCAAGGAGCUGAGGAAGGAGCGGCAGGUGAAGUACCACAUCCCCUGGCGCUGGACGCUGUUGUGGGAUGCGACCAUGCUGCUGAUUUACUGGAUCCUUAUGCUCGUCCCGGUGUUCCAGCUCUUCGUCGUGGACGGCCUCGUGGAAAGAUCCAGCGGCCUCUCUGUGGGCAUCCUCGGAACGCACAUCGCCGAGGAGGAG